UCCGGGGAGAAUGGGGUCAGGAACCAAGGUUGCCAAAUAAAGCCCGAAGCGAGGCCCACACACUCUGCACUUCCACCGCCGGCCGCCGCCGCCGCCGCGUCCCAAGUCCGGCACCGCCCCACGGCGGCGCACGACCCCGUCCGAGAAGGGCUCUCGCUUUCGCUGCUUCUGCUCCCUUUCCCCAUCCGAUUCGGAUAGCGAUUCUUCCCUAUAAACAGGGAAGAGAGAUUGAGACCUGAGAUCUCUAAGUUUGGGGGGUGGGCAUCGCAGCGGCGUGCGUGAUGACGAGCUCCGGCAAGCGAGCCGACGGAUUCCUGAGGCGGUUCCGGCGCCGGCGACUCCUCGCCUUCCUCCGGCGCGAGCACCUCUACGCCACCUUGGACGCGCUGGGCGGCGAGACGCGGCUGUUCCUCAACGCGCGGACCCUGCAGACCAUGCUGGCGGACUGCCGGUGGGAGGAGGCGCGGCGGUACGUCGGCCGCUUCCUGCCGCGCCGCCAGAUUGGGGUGGAGGCGCGCGCCGUCCUCAGACUCAUCGCCUACCUCAGCGCCGUCGACGACGUCGCCCAGGGCAGACGUCCGGGGAGCGAAUUCGCCGGCGACCAUCUCGAGAGGGAGUUCGAAGCUGACGCUACUUCCUCCAAUACCAUGGUCUGCGCCGAUUUCGUCCGGAAAUUCUCCCGCAAGCGCUCCUCUUUCCCAGGAAGAUGGGAUUCCGUUGAAUGGCAAUUCCUUAGGAUCCAGGCAGCAUUGAUCGUCAAGGAAUUGGUCAUCAACACUCCGGAGUUCAGUCAUCUGUUGCGGUUGCCACGGUACCCAGUCAAUCCGGAAUGCAUGAUGCCCGUCUGGUUUGGGUGUUGCCGGAAGCAUCAGAGAAAGAUCAUAGGUCGGAUGCCGGCAUCUCUUCUAGCCCACUGUUUUCUUCCAAAGGAGAGGUGUCCUUCACCAAAGAAACAAGGUUUGUCUCUUAAAACACCGUAUUACUAUUGUAUAAGCACGCUAGUUGAUGGUCAUAUGUUUCGAUUGCAUUACUGGAGGCAUUAUUGGUGAAACAUUCGCCUUGUUUCUGUCCUUGUUCAUGCAUAAGCUGGUGUGCUAAAUGUAUCACCUGGAUUUAGUUUACGCCCUUCACUUUUUGUUUCUACUUCCUCCGUUUUCACAAUGUAAGACUUUCUAGCAUUGCCCACAUUCAUUUAGAUGUUAAUGAAUCUAGACAUAUGUAUGUGUUUAGAUUCAUUAACAUCUAUAUGUAUGUGGACAAUGCUAGAAAGUCUUACAUUGUGAAACGAAGGGAGUAGUAAAGUUAUGGCAUUCUCCUCUAUCAGAAGAACAGCUACGGUGUCUUUGUAACGGUUGCUAUCAUUCUUUAGAAAAAACACCUUUUGUAACAACCUAAUGACACACUAGAAAGAAUUUGUUGUGACCAUCAA